AUGAAGUUCUCCUUCGCCAUCCUCGCUGCAGCCGUUAUGGCCGUCCAGGCCUCUGCUCUCCCAGCCGCCGAUGCUGAAAAGAUGGAUAAGCCACCCGCCAUCCAACCUGUGCAGGCUGCCGCCGCUCAGUUGGAAUCCCACCCAGUGCGGUGCCCCAAGGCCCUACCCGUCGAGUUCCUUCGCUCUUACCACGCCGCAAACACCGACCACUUCUACACCACCGAUGUCAACGAGAUGAACACCGCCGCCACUACCUACGGCUAUAACCGCGAGGGCAACGCCGGCCGCGUCUACACCGGCAAGACCAGGGAGACCACGCCCCUCUUCCGCGUCUACAGCGACUACUGGAAGGAUCACUUCUACACUACCAACCCCCAGGAGCGUGACAGCUACGUCUGGAAGUACAAGUACACCGACGAGGGUGUUGCCGGACACGUCUUCCGAUCCAGAGUCUGUGGCAGUAUCCCCCUCUACAGGUUGUAUCACACCGGCGUCAUCGACCACUUCUACACCACCAACGCCGCCGAGGUCGGCACCGCCCAGGCUCUGGGCUACUACAACGAGGGCAUUGUUGGCUUCGUCAUGCCUUAA